AACAUGAUAAUACAUGUAGUGCAAUAAUAUGAAAAGUUAUCAUGAGACCAGCUGACCACGUCGCUACAACUUUCUUCUUGGGACUAACAAGCGACGUCUUUUGAGGACCUGCUCACGACGUUUCUGGGACGUUAGCCAAGAUUCUAAAAAAUGGAAUUUUACCACGACGUCCUCACUCCAGUCCAGCGGGUGGCGCUGAGACACAUACGUUUUUUUUUUUUACCAAACACCAUUAAACCUCAGAGGAAGAAGAUUCGUUUUACCGCGCUCUCUGUUGAUUUGUCGUGAUGCUGGUUUAAUACAAACUGUUAGAAAUGUUGUUUCUGUAAAUAUAAUAAUACAGUUUUUGAAUCUGUUCAGUAAAUACCUGUAAUAUCAUCCUCACAGUCGUGACUAACUUUUCAAGUAAGCAGGAAUAUCUGGAGGAGUAUCAUCUGAACUGAGAUCUGCUGCUGUGAAGAUGGUGUUUGUUAAAGAGGAGAGUGAGGAGAACACGAGUGAACCAGAAACCUGGAGAAUAAAACACGAGGAACCAGAAACCUGGAGAAUAAAAUACGAGGAACCAGAAACCAGCAGAAUAAAACGCGAGGAACCAGAAACCAUCAGAAUAAAACACGAGGAACCAGAAACCAUCAGAAUAAAACAAGAGGAACAAGGAGAUUUUAUUGAAGAAAGUGUGGAGAAUGAAGAAUUGAGUCAAGAUGAGGCGAAACAUCAUAUCAAAACUGGAGAAAAAUCUUUGAGUUGCUCUCAGAAUGAUUUAAAGAAAAGAAGAGCCAAGAAAACUUUCACUUGCACUCAGUGUGGAAAUAAUUUGACAAGCAAAUAUAAUCUUGAUGUUCACAUGAGAAUUCACACUGGAGAGAAACCGUUCACUUGUGAUCAGUGUGGGAAGUGUUUCACACAAUCGGCAAGCCUUAAGAAACACAUGAACAUCCACACUAGAGAGAAACUGUACUCAUGUGAUCAAUGUGAUAAAACAUUUUUGAGGGCUUCAGUCCUGAAGAAACACCUGACAGUUCAUACAAAGGAAAAGCCAUAUUCAUGUUAUUUGUGUGGGAAGUGUUUUUCACGUUUUUCAAUUUUGAAAGAACAUCAGAAAAUACAUACUGGUGUGAGAGAGUACAUCUGCUUUGAGUGUGAAAAGACUUUUACUACAGCAAACUGUUUGAAACUGCAUGAGAGGAUUCACACGGGAGAAAAACCUUAUAAGUGUUCACACUGUGACAAGAGAUUCAGUGAUUCAACAAUUCUGAAAACACACGAGAGGAUCCACACUGGAGAGAAACUGUAUCACUGCACUGCAUGUGGGAAGCGUUUCAAUCGUUCAUCUGCUCUACGCAAUCAUACAAAAAACAAUCACAAGUUGAUUGAAGAAAAAGAGAAGAAUGAAGAAUCAAGUGAAGUUGAGGAGAAAAAUCAUGUCAAAACUGAAGAAAAACCUUUGAGUGGCCCUCAAACCAAACUGAAAGAUUUAGAGAAAAGAAGAGCCAAGAAAUCUUUCACCUGCACUCAGUGUGGAAAGAGUUUCACACACAAAACAAGUCUUGAGCGUCACAUGAGAAUUCAUACUGGAGAGAAGCAGCACGCAUGCGAUCAAUUUACUUCAGUGACCUGUACAAAACUGCAUGAAAGCAUCCACACUAGAGAAAAACCUUAUAAGUGUUCACACUGUGACAAGAGAUUCAAUCAUUCAACACAUCUAAAAACACAUGAGAGGAUCCACACCGGAGAGAAACCAUAUAAGUGUCCUCAUUGCAACAAGAGAUUCAAUAAGUCAGGAGACCUGAAAACACAUGAGAGGAUCCACACUGGAGAGAAACCUUAUGAGUGUUCACACUGUGGCAAGAGAUUCAGUCAUCCAUCAAAUCUGAAAGCACAUGAGAGGAUCCACACUGGAGAGAAACCUUAUAAGUGUUCAUACUGCAACAAGAAGUUCAAUAAGUCAGGAGACCUGAAAACACAUGAGAGGAUCCACACUGGAGAGAAACCUUAUAAGUGUUCACACUGUGACAAGAGAUUCAGUGAUUCAUCAAAUCUGAAAACACAUGAGAGGAUCCACACUGGAGAAAAACCUUACAAGGGUUCACACUGUGACAAGAGAUUCAAUAGGUCAGGAGACCUGGAAACACAUGAGAUGAUCCACACUGGAGAGAAACCGUAUCACUGCACUGCACGUGGGAAGUGUUUCAAUCGUUCAUCUGCUCUACACAAUCAUACAAAAAACAAUCACAGUAAGGCCCCAUACACACGGAGACGCAUUUAGCUGUAUACGCAAAUAUUUUGUAUCAUAUUGGCCUUUCGUCCAGACAGAUCUGGCAUUUUGGGAGCCUGAAAACACUAUUUUUUGAAACCGGGUCCCAGAGUGGAUUAAUAGCCUUUUUUGUUCUUUCCUUUCAUAGUACAGAACAAGAAAUAAAUAAAUAAUACAUAAUUAUUUCAUAAAUAAUAAAUAAUCUUUCAUUGGGCAAAAGUAUUAUAAUACGAAAAGCUCCAAUACAGAGCAACACAAAGCUCUUAUGCACAUCUCGUGCACAUAAUGAUGUGCUUGAAGCAACACGGAGUCACAACAUGCAGCACUCCACAUAGAGAAGUUCAACACACAAAGGAAAGAGAUAUUGAUGCGUAGUUUAUUAAAUCUGUGUGAUAGUUUGAGCCUUUUCUUUUAACAGUUUUAAAUUUCAGUUACUGUGCACUCUUGGAGAGAGUUUCGUCGUCUUGACUGUCGUAACCCGAACGUGACACAGUUUGAAUGCUAAAUGGAGGACAGCCGCAGCAGAGAGAAGAGUUUACGUGAACUUGAAUUUAACGACUUAGUUUAAUCUGAGGUACAGAUGAAUAUUUAUGAAACUGCUUCAGAACACUUUGAGUUUACAGUGCUUUUAUAAUGUUUUUGUGCUUUUGUGGGGCUUAACAAUAACACAAUAGUAUACGCACAAUAUCGGAUUUGGCUCAAUCUCAUCUAACCGAUACCUGAUCCAGCAGAAAAUGCCAAUAUCGGAGCCGAUUCUGAUACUGAGUAUCGGAUCGAUUUAUCCCUACAGUUAAUCUGUAUAUUUUGUGAAAUGCUGAUGUCAUCACUCCACGUCUUGAACCCAGUCAGACACCGCUACGUCACGCAACAGCAACAAUAACAAUGGCGGACUACAUGCUUGUGUUCAUGCUGCAGAAGCCUAUUAGCGUUACUAACUUUACUAGCUUUUCUUGUUGUUGUGUUUGGUUUGUAUACAGUGUGCAAGGUUUAUGCACAUGCUCUAAGUUGUCAUCUCCGUUUCUAGUGUAUCUCUGGCAGAAUUACAGCACCACAUACUGGUCUGGCAUGAAUACUGCAUCAUUCCAGCAUCCAGCAUUUUCAGAUCUUAUGCUGCCUCCUCAUCAAAUGCAACACAAUAAUGCAUCAAGCAGUAAAAUAUCAUCUGGAUAAAUCUGUCCUAACCAGUCAUAACAAGCGACAUGACUAAGAAACAUUAUCUAAAGUUUUCAGAGUGAAUAAAGUUCAUCCUCAUCUUCAAAACCAGCAGAUUCAACUGAGAUUCAUAUCGACACAAAAAUGGAAUUCCUGCCUAAAGAACAAUGUCCAAAAGUUGUAUUCUUGUAUGCCAUUUUGCUUCAUGAUAUAAAUUAUAUCAUUGUGUUUUCUUAUGAGUUUCAUAUUAUGUUCAAUUGUUUUAUAAUGCAUAUGUAUCACUUGUAGUUUACUUGUAGAUGCUUUUUACAAACUGUUCUUGUUCAGGACACUUUUGUUUGGUUCACUUUUUUUAUGUUGUUCUUCACUGUUGUUUUUUUUAAAUGAUUGAGUUAUUCUUCUACGUAAGAUGUAUUUAGGAAAUGCAUAUGCAAUAUAUACUAUCAUGUAGCUUUGCAACUGAUUCUUCUGUGCUUCUUUUGUAAGUGGGAAUGAACCCCCAAUAUUAGGCUACGUCCACACGAAGCCAGAGCUUUCCCUAUCCAAUAUUUUUUUUCCCCUUGUCUCAAGAAAUAUCUGCAUACACACUAAACCGACACAAAAUGAUGUAGUAUACAUGCCAGACCAGCAUGUGGUGCUGUAAUUCUGCCACAGAGAUACACUAAAAACAGAGAAGACGACUUGGAUCAUGUUCAUAAACCUUGCGUGCGGUAUACAAACCAACAUUGGAACAAUACAUUUAUUAAUCUGUGUUAAUGUUAGUUAAUAAAAAGACAAUCGUUCAGUGUUUUUGUUGUGGUUACGUGACGUAGUGGUGUCUGACUAGGGGCGAGACGUGGGCUGAUGACAUCAUCUUUUCAGAAAAUAUACAGAUUUUAUGUCCACACGAAAACGCAAGGGUGUUGUUUUCGGAUUUAUCCACUCUGGGACCCGGUGUCAAAAAAUAGCGGUUUCACUCUCCCAAAAUGCCAGAUCCGUCUGGACAAAAUGCCUAUACCAUACAAAAUGUAUGCGUAUACAGCUAAACGCAUCUCCAUGUGGACGGGGCCUUAAACCAGCUCUGGGGCUAAAUUACAAAAUACUGUAUCGAAAAGUGAAUGUUAACUGUUCUUCUUUUGGUGCUGAGGACAUUAAGGAAAUACACUUACAGUUUGCUAUUGCUACAUAAAUAUUAUCAAGCUAACUGUAUCUUGUCAACUGUUUCUACAUGCGAUAAGUUCAAGACAUUUGUCACUGGCACGUUUUUGUUAUUUUGCAAUCCAGACGCGAGGUCUCUCUUGUACUUUAGGGCUGUGAGAUUAAUCUAAUUUUAUUUUCAAUUGAGCUUGACUUCCGAGGAUUAUGAAAACAAGUUGUUUGAGUUAAAGUGAUAUAUUAGAGACAAUCUGAUGCAUCUGGGUGACUUUAUGGUCGCUGUGUGUGUGUGUGUGUGUGUGUGUGUGUGUGUCUGUUAUGUCCAUGUGACCGUAGUAAUCCAUUAUAAUGAGUUUACACCACUGAUCUAUAAUAGAGACCUGGAUUACUCAUGACAGCAUUGAAGUGAAGCCACUGCAGCACCAUAUUGGUAUACCCCAUUAUUCCCAUAAAUUCUAUUGAAUUAAUAGUAAAUCUUACAAUCUUAAUGAGAAAACAUCACCUAACGAGUCAGUGUUUUUAUAUCUGAAGGUUUCCUGUACAUUCUUACAAUGUAAACAUGCUGCAUGUAAAAAGUUAUUUGUUUAAUGUUGGUAAUUUCCCCUGCCUAUUUAAAAAAAAAAAAAAAAAUACAUAUUAUAUUCAUUACAGUAGUGAACAUCAAAUGAGCACGAUGAACAUCAGAUGGAUGAGAUCCUCAACAAAUGUAUUACAAAUGACUAAGUGCUUUUUCUGAAAUCUGAUUUUUUUAUAUACCUUAACUCACCUUGUACAAUUAUUCAGUUUAUGUAAUUAUGUUGUUAUAUUGUUUUAAUUUGUAAUUGCAAAUGUUUCAACAAUUUCAUUAACAUUAUGCAUUUUGAAGCAGUUAAUGAUUUAAAUGUUGAUUGAAUUAAUAAUUAAUACAUAUGUAAAGGAAUCUGUUCUCUAUAGUGAGGUGGAAUGCUAGUCCACUACGGAACUCCGUAAGAAGUGUGACAGGAGACAGAUGAUUGUUUAAUCUCUUCA